GUCCAGGAGAAGCAAGUCUUUAUAAGUAGAAGCCAUCCAAGUCCCUGGGACUUACUCCCUGUCAGAACGUGCCACGAUCAGAGACUGAUUUCCAGAAUAUACCCCAAGAACGCCGAUUUAAUCUUCCCUAAGUCUGCUGCGUCAGCUCUUGCUUGUCUUUACCUAAAAUUUUCAUUUUAAUCAGUCCCAAUUCUGCCAGUCAUUUUUAAAAUAAAAUUUUAGUUUUUGUUAUAAUUAAUAAUAAAAAAUACAAAAAUUAGUUAAUUAAAUAAGUUUUAAAUAAUCUUUCCUUACAAACGGAAAGAUCGGUGAUUGAAGUAUUUACUCGAUGGUGUCAAGUACAAGGACAACGCUCGGUUUAUCAUGAUCACGCAAGGACGAGACAAAAAGACAAUAGUCUUGAGGCCAGGAGAGUCUAUUUGGCGCUGGAAGACGACGUUAAUCUUAGCUUCGCUGAUAUAUGGAGGAGAUUAUGCUACCGGACAGGGGAAUAACUUCAAAUGCCGAGAAGAGGGCUACCAAGCUGAUCCAAGAGAGUGUCAAGUCUAUUACAGAUGCGUAAGUUGGGGCAGUUCCGGUCCUUUGACGACUUUCAAGUUCGAGUGUGGUCCCGGAACGGUAUUCUCUCACUCCAAGGGAAACAUUUGUGUUCACCCAAGAGACAGUGAGAGAUCAGAGUGCAGCGAAAUGGGAAAUGACGUGAAUUCUGUCUAUCAACCACAGCAUCGUCCGCAGUAUUCAUCAUCAAGACCUACCCAGCAUUAUCCUAGUUCUUCAACAGCAUCGGGGCCUCAACAUCGUCCGCAAUAUCCUACCAGUAGUUCACCGUCUCGUCCUCAGUAUCCUAGUUCUUCGAGACCAACACGACCUCAUCAUCCUCAAUAUCCUUCAACACCAUCGCGUCCUCGUCCGCAACAUCCUAGUACUCCAACGUCACGGCCGCAGUAUAUUCCACCUCCAACAGAAUCACCGCAUGCAAAUGAGAUUAAUCCUGAAGGUGGACCAAGACCAGGCUCGAAUCGCCCGGCUACUGGCGGACAGUCUCAGUGUCAAUCCGAAGGAUUUAUGGCUCACCCGCAAGACUGCAAGAAAUUCAUUAGAUGUGUUAAUGACGGAUUUGGAUCUUAUUCGACGUAUGAAUUCACCUGCGGUGAAGGAACUAUCUGGGACUCGACGAUUGAAGGUUGUAAUCAUGCCUGGGCGGUGAAAAGCAGUUGCGGUAGCUCAGGUGCUAGUCCAGGAUCAAGUCACAGCGACGGAAACUUACCAGAACCUGGUCAUCCUAGUCAAGGUUCUAAUUCUAAUCAACCAGGGUCUGAUUCUUCAGACCCAGAGUCUGAUUAUCCUAGUCAAGGUAAAGAACCUGAUCAAAAUCAAGACCCAGGUACUGAGCAAGAUUCAAAUGGCUCUGAAGAACCUAGCACUCCGGAUGAGGCGAACCCAAAUGUUCCGAGCCAAGGUGCUGGGUACCCAGAUCAAGAUUCAAACUAUCCCGACAACGACAAUCCGAAUGAAGGAUCUCCUGAUCAAGAAUCAAAUCCAAGUGUCCCAAGUGGAGAUUCCGGAUACCCUGGUCAGAAUUCUCCUGGUCAAGAUCCCGAUAACCCAAACGAACCUGAUGAAGACUCUGGCUAUCCCGACUCCCGGCCAUCUUCACCUUACCCUCUGUACCCUCCGGGGCCCGAACCACCCUUAGCAACAACUGAAUCACUUGACGCGUCGACAGUCAGACAACCACUGGCAACAAGACCUCCCAGCUCUGCUGCUAGUCCUGCGGAACCAAACCUCCCGGAGUCUGAAGGCCCACAAGCAGAAACGACUAACAAACCGGGAGCUGGAUCUGGAUCUGGAGAUUGUAAUGAAGAAGGAUUUUUCCCAGACCCAAAAGAUUGCCAUAAAUUUUUCCGAUGUGUCAAAGCUGACUCGACAUUUACUAAAUACGAGUUUGAAUGUGGAGAAAGCACAGCUUGGGAUCCGAGUGUCCAGACAUGUAAUUACGAGUACGCAGUAUCAAACUGUAAAAAUCCGGGUUCGAGUGGGCAGACGACACCCUCCAGCGCUCCAACUGAAACGAGUUCUAAAGAUGAAGAGCCAGAUUCUGAUAAAGAUCAGAGUUCGUCUCCUCCAUCUGUUGAAUCUUCUACCGAGGAAGAUAAACAAUUUUCCCCGAGUUCAACAGACUCCAGUGAUACCAGUUCUGAUGAAACUCCUACCACUAGUACCACUAGUGCUAGCGCAAGUUCUAAUCCCGAAGACCCAAGUACUCCCAGUUCCAGUACAGAAGAGUCUAGUCCUCCAGAUUCUAAUGAAACUUCACCAGAGUCUUCUCCAGAAGAAAAGCCGACUUCUUCAACUACCAAAGAGCCUACCGAAUCUGAAGCUCCAAAACCUACGACAGAAGAUACACCCUCUACAGCAGCUUCUGCGGGCGCUGAUAAAAAACCAAGUGGUCCCGGAAUGUCAGGAUCCAGUUGCAAAGACGAAGGAUUUUUCCCUAACCCUUCAGAUUGCCGUAAAUUCUUCCGCUGCGUCAAAGGUGAUAACGGUCUUAUAAAAUAUGACUUUGAUUGCGCUCCAGGUACUGCGUGGGAGCAAUCUCUGCUCACGUGUAAUUACAUUCACCUGGUUGCGUCCUGUGGAUCAGAGACAAAUCAAGUAUCAAGUCCAGAAGCGGAUAGCAAUAAAGAUAAAGACAAGGACGGAGAUAAAGAAAAGGAUGAAGGUAAGCCGACCAGUGAGCCAACAGAAAAACCUAAAGAUGAAGGUGAAGGUAGUUCUAGUCCCGAUUCGACUACAGAAGGCAGCAAUAAACCCACUGAUUCCAGUAAUGGCAGCAAUAAACCUUCUCAAGUAUCUCCGUCAGGUGACUCAGAUCCUAAUAAGGGAAUCGUUUGUAACAGUGCUGGAUUUUAUGGCCAUCCAACAAAAUGCGACAAAUUUUAUCGGUGCGUGGACAACGGCAAUGGCUUCAAUGUUUAUCACUUUGAUUGUGCGCCGGGAACUAUUUUUGAUCCGAGUCUCAGUCUCUGCAAUUAUCCCGAGUCUGUUUAUCCAGCGCGCGACUGUUCUGGCUCUUCAGCAAGCCCUCCAAGUUCGAGUACUGAAAGUUCUCAAGAGCCUUCGACGACGCCAAGUGGAGAGGCAACCACCGAAUCUUCAGAGUCAACAGACGCUCCAGGGACCGGAGAAAUGACUACCAGUAGAGUGGAGUCUACUACCGCAGCUUCUGGGACAGAAUCCCCAGAAGAUGAAGGGACAACUACUGGUGCGCCGGCGGAAAGUACGGAAGAAGGAGUAACGGGGUCGGAAAUGACAACAGAGGGAUCUCAAGAUCAGACUACCGUGGCAAGCACUGAAUCACCUGAGCAAACAACGGAGAUGGAGAUGACCACCGAGAGUGGAGCAGAAACUACGACCGCUGCCGGGGAAACAAGUGAGCCCGAAAGUACUACGCCUGCUAAAGCAGAAGGUGAAACAGGAUUUGUUGCCCCUUGUCCCAUUGUUGGAAAUUUAACUGAUGAGCAAAUUGUUCUUGUGUGUCCUACUGGCUUCCGUAGACAUCCUAAGUACUGUAAUAUGUUCUACCAGUGUAUGUCUGAGGGCAAUAUGGAGAUAAAGAUCUUGGUUCUCGCUUGUCCUGACAAGACUAUCUUUGAUGAAAAGAAAAUACAGUGUGUCGAGGAGAGUGAAAGUUCUCAAGUUUGUGAUACUGAAAUGGCUUCUGCUAGACUUUAUCGACAACUUGAACAUACUUCUAAAGCACCGAUGAAAGUUAAACGAGAAAGUUUAUGCCCUGACGAAGGUCACUAUCCAUUCCAGCAAGGAUGCAGCAAUGCGUUCUAUAAAUGCAAAAGAGAUUCAAGGAAAGCAUUACAGGGUUAUUUGUACAAAUGUCCUAAAGAAUAUGUGUACUGGUCAGUAUCUCGACGCUGUGAACGGCAAAGUCGGCUGCCUACUUGCUCGCAUAUAAAAUACGAAGACAAUGAACGAAUACAUUCUGUGGAAAAUCGAUGGGAGUUACCUAUCGAGGACCGCAAUCUUUCUGCGCGAAUGCUCGCUUUUUAGAUUCACAAAUUUAAUAUAAAAUACCUUUCAUUUCCUUUUUCAUGAAUUUUUUUUUUUUCAUCGCCAAUUCAUCAAAACAAAAUUUUAUUAAAGAAAAUUUAUUUAUGAAUAUUACUUCUUAUUAUUAAAUAAUUGAAUCUCCGUACGAUUUUAUUUCCGAGUUAUUUAAUUAUUGAUAUAAUUUGUGAUAAAAUCGUACGAGACAUUCGGGAAUUAUUUGGUUCGGGUAUUUUUUUACGGAGCAAUUAUUUAUUGCUACGUUAUUUUUAUUUUGAGCGCUUUAAUGAAAAGAUAAUUAUUAAUCAAACUUGUAUAUAAUUAUGCGUCAUUUGGAAAUAGUAAUAAAAAAUAUUUUUUAAUUAAAAAAAUAAUUAACGGAUAUUAAAUUUUGAAUUGAAAGAUAUCCUAACAAGAGAGUUAUUAAAGUCCUUGAGGAGGACAGUGAUAUUGCUCUAUAGAUGUCAAAUUAUAAGUAUGAAUAUGAUAUGACAACCGCAAUAUAUCAUUGAACUGAUCUCGAUGACUACUCUCUAUCUUAUUCAUACAUCACUUAUUCAUUUAUGGUAAAUUCAAAGAUAAUAAUGUGAAAUACCAUCAAUUGAAAAUUGCCUGUCCUUGUCAUUGAGACAGCUAAUUAUGAUUAUAACACUUUGAAGGAAGUAAUUUAUACUUUGUAAUAAUGUUAAUCAAAAAAUAGGAUAAUUAUAAAAUAAUUUUAAUCCUUUAACGUAUGUAUAUUUUUAUAUAAUCUCAAAUAAAUUACAUAGUAUUGACAAUAUAUACUGUUUUAUUUUCAA